UGAGCCCCAGACCACGCAGGGGGCGGGCAGGGCACCCAGCCCAGUCGCUCUGCAGGCCCCAAAGGCAGAUGCAGGUGGGGCCCCAGGGACCGAGCCCAUGGCCUCCACGGCCCAGGGGGCAGCUCGGGGGAAGGACAUGGGCUGCACUGAAGACCUGAAGCCUCCGGACCUGGACCAGACGAACGAGGGUGGCCGGGAGCUCGCUGCAGAUGCGGGGACACCCUGGGCCUCACGUGGAGAUGCAGGCCCCCCCAAGCCUGCCUUGGAAACCCCAGACACCCCUGAGCCCACCACGGAGGCCCAAGACAGACCUGAACUCACCUCAGAGGCUCCUGACUCCGCAAAGAUCCCAGACGCCCCCACUUUCACCCCAGAGAUCCUGGAGCCCACUGCGAAGAUCCCAGACCACCCAUACACCCCCACAGAGGUACUGGGACCCCCAGGCCUCUCCAAGGAAGCCUUGGGCCCCCCUGAGCCUGCCUCCGAAACCCCGGACCCCCCUGAGCCUGCCUCAGAGACCCCGGACCCCCCUGAGCCUGCCUCUGAGACCCCGGACCCCCCUGAGCCUGCCUCUGAGACCCCGGACCCCCCUGAGCCUGCCUCCGAGGACCCGGAUCCCCCUGAGCCUGCCUCCAAGACCCUGGACCCCCCAGAGGAUGUUUUGGAGGCCCCGGACCCCCCCGAGCCUGCUGCAGAGACCGUGGACCCCCUUGAGGAUGCCUCGAAGACCCCGGACCCCCCUGAGGAUGCCUCCGAGACCCCGGGCCCCCCCGAGCCUGCUGCAGAGACUGCGGACCCCCCUGAGCCUGCUACAGAGACCGCGGACCCUCCUGAGCCUGCUGCAGAGACCGCAGACCCCCCUGAGCCUGCUACAGAGACCCCGGGCCCCCCCGAGCCUGCUGCAGAGACUGCGGACCCCCCUGAGCCUGCCUCCAGUGGAGAGGAAAUAGCCAAAGGCCUGCUGGCGGGCGACAGGGGGGCCCACCUGCCUGCCGGUGUGGGAACGGAGGCCCCCGGGGCAGGAAACCAGGGGGACGGAGGCUUGGAGCCAGCACCCCAGGGCGCUGGGAAGGCUCCUGGGAGCGGCUGCCCCGAGGGUGGGCGGGUGCAGGCCCAGAAA